AUGUCGUCUAUCAAGCAAGUAAACGGCGCUGGCAAUAGCGCUACCAACGGCUACACCCUCACGGCUCUCAACAGAUGGUCCAUUCAGGUCAAGAAGCUACCUCCUGUGGAAAAGAUCGCUGCUAUCCACGUCUACGAUUUCGACAAUACCUUAUUCCAGACGCCUCUGCCGAACCCCAAGAUAUGGAACAACACGACUAUUUCGCAAUUGAGCACCCCUGAUAUCUUCGUCAACGGUGGCUGGUGGCACGACUCGCGGAUACUGGCUGCCACUGGCGAAGGUGCAGAGCACGAGGAGAAGCGUGGCUGGAACGGCUGGUGGAAUGAGAAGAUCGUCGAGCUAGUCAAGCUUACUGAAGAGCAAGAUGAUGCCAUCGGUGUCAUGCUGACUGGCCGUUCCGAGAAAGGGUUCUACGACCUAAUCAAACGCAUAAUCAAGAGCAAGGGACUCGAGUUCGAUAUCGUGGCCCUCAAGCCGACCGUCGGACCUAACAACGAGCGCUUCCGAAGUACCAUGGAAUUCAAACAAGUCUUCCUCAAAACACUCAUGGAAACGUAUAAGGACGCGAAGGAGAUACAUAUUUACGAGGACCGUGUCAAGCAUGUUGCCGGUUUCCGCGAUUUCCUAGCCGAUUACAACGACCGACAAUCUGGGCUCAAAGGAGGGCCAAUUACGCGAGGCCCCAUUCAUGGUGAAGUGAUUCCGGUUGCAGAUAUUUCCACCACUUUAGACCCCGUCGUUGAGGUAGCCGAAGUACAGCACCUUAUCAAUAUCCACAAUACAACGGUUAGCGAACGACGAGCGCUGGAAGGACGAAACAACCGAAUAGAACGCUUGGCGAUCAAGAAGACCGUGUUCUUCACCAGCUAUAUGAUCGAACCUGCCGAUACAAAGCAACUCAUUGCGCUUCUAACCACGUUGGCGCCAGAGGCGAAGGACUUGAAAUACCUGGCGAAUACCAUCCUCAUCACCCCGCGACCUUGUCCGAGAAAUAUCUUGGAGAAGAUCGGCGGUAUGAACUCCAAGAUGAAGUGGAAAGUGGCCGGCAUAGGCUCUUUCGACAACAACCUGUGGGCCGCACGCGUGGAGCCCGUCCCCAGCACAGCGCAGUACCAUACCGAUAACCCCUUUCCAUCCAUCGUGCUGGGCCUUCGGAGGGGUGCGCGUCCGGCCGACGCUAGCAAGAUUCAGUCCUGGCAGCCGGUCUUGGCCGACAAGUCUUUCGUCUUCGAGACGACGGUGGGCGAGAAGGUGGUGCUCCGGAUCGAGCCUGAGGACCGCAACGAGGACGAGUACGAGAGCCUGUUCCCGCACAAGAGCACUAGGCGUAGAUUCUUAGGCGACGAAGGAGGUUGGCGGUCUCGUCAGCACAGCGGCAACCACGGAAACGGCAACCGCAGCUUUCACACCUCUUCUCACAACCAGGGACGCGGCGGCGCCGAGAACCGAGGAGGUCGCGGCGGCUUCCGAGGCGGUGCCGCCCGUAACAAUCACCGCGGAGGCGGCAAGGGAGGAGGAGGCGGCUUCAACAAGGGCUCCGGCCGCGGCGGUAAGGGCGGAGGCGUCCACGGCUACCGAUCGCUCGACGACGUGGAUAACCGCGACAGCAACCAAGCCGGGGCUGGGUUCGGCAACCACAAUACGGGCAUGGUGUACGACGACGUCAGCUUCUCGGCCCUGCCGCAGGGCCCGCCGCCUCAGCAAUCCCUACCUCAUCCGCACCCGCACCCCCCGCCACCGCCUCCUCCCCUGUCCUACGGCCAGCCCUAUCCCCCGCCGCAACCCGGCCAGUGGCAGAUGCCCGGUGGCGCCCCCCCGAUGCAACCGCGGCCCGCGGGCGGUGGUGGACCGGAUCUACAGAGCUUCUACUGA